GUUUAACAUCCCUGCCCUAGUUUAAGUUUAUGUGAGUUUGCUUUGUUUUUGGGACUUUAGCUCUGGCCCUACACGGCAGCCAGGGCUUCUUCCAUGUAUGUAGGGCCUAGUUGUCAGGGCAGCCAGCAAGCGGCGCUUCAGCCCCAGCUGAACUGUCGGUGCGGCUAUCGCUGGAAGUGUCCACAGAGGAUCGAGUUACUCAACGCCCCAUCUUUAAGCCCCAGUCAGUGCGCCGUUAGCCGCAGGACAACAGAGGAUAGCUCAAGAUACUGGCCGCCGGGGAAGCAGAGCGUCCACACUCAUGCCUUGAUGAAGGGAAGGCUACACAUUCAUCCGACGCUCUAAAAAUGAUAGAAACAAUGGACACGCAGCGUGCCUUGCAGGCGGUGGAGCGACUCCAGGCCAAACUCAAGGAGCGGGGAGAAGUGCCCACUGAGGAGAAGCUCAGCCUGCUCAAGUCAGUACUCCAGAGCCCCCUCUUCCAUCAGAUCCUGGCCUUGCAGAAGUCUGUCCAGCAUCUCAGAGAUCAGGGGAGUGUCCCUUUAUCACGAGGGAGUGAUCUCACAGCAGCCAAGCCCAAUGGCAGCCAUGUUUCCUACUCAGACACCCCAGCUCCCACGCACGUCAAUGGCAAGACGUCAUCCGAAGAAUUUGAACAUAUUAUCCACUCCAUGGCGCAGGGACGUUAUGUGACGCAUGUGGAUCUGCAGAAGCCAGUGUCCGGAGGUCUUGGCUUCAGCGUGGUGGGCCUAAAGAGCGAGAACCGCGGCGAGCUCGGCAUCUUCAUCCAGGAAAUUCAACCAGGAAGUGUCGCUCACUGCGAUGGGAAACUCAAAGAAGCCGACCAGAUAUUGGCUAUUAAUGGCCAGCCUCUGGACAAGACAGUGACCCACCAGCAGGCUAUAGGCAUCCUGCAGAGUGCUUCAGACAGGGUGCAGCUCACAGUGGCCAGAGGGCCAAUACCUCAGCUGGCCAGUCCUGCAGUGUCCCGCACGCCCUCUGCUGCCAGCACAUUAUCAGCCAACUCCAGCGCGUGGCAACAUGUGGAGACGAUUGAGCUUGUCAACGAUGGCACUGGUCUCGGCUUUGGUAUUGUUGGAGGAAAAACCACCGGGGUUAUAGUCAAAACUAUACUUCCUGGAGGCAUCGCUGAUCAGGAUGGCCGCCUGCGCAGCGGGGACCACAUCCUGAGAAUCGGAGACACCGACCUGCACGGCAUGGGCAGCGACCAGGUGGCCCAGGUCCUCAGGCAGUGCGGGAACAGGGUGAAGCUGGUUGUUACCAGAGGUCCUUUGGAAGAGACUCCCUCUGCUUCUGUCAUGCCUGUGGUGCUCCCCACUGUCAGUGAACAGCAGGGCUACGAGGAAGAGGAUGCUGAGGCAUUUGAUGUGAGCCUUACUAAGAACACCCAAGGACUCGGGAUCACUAUUGCUGGUUAUGUUGGAGAUAAGAAUUCAGAGCCCUCUGGUAUCUUUGUUAAGAGCAUAACAAAAGACAGCACUGUAGAGCAAGAUGGCCGUAUUCACGUUGGAGACCAGAUUAUAGCCGUCGAUGGCGUGAACAUCCAGGGAUACACCAAUCAACAGGCAGUUGAAGUGCUGAGACACACGGGCCAGACGGUCCACCUUAAGCUGAUCCGGCGGAGCUUCAGGCCCGAUGAGAUCCCCCCUGUCGCAGCCCCCGUUGUCACCGUCCUCCCACCUUCCACCACCAUCCCCACAACCACCACCGUCAUGAAGGAGCUGGAGCUGGAGAGAAAGAAAGCUGAGGAGGUUGCCGAAGAUGAAAAGCAGCUCCACACAAAGAGUGAAGGAUCUGAUGUCAGCCCAGCCACGGAUCAGCUAACAGAAGACAAACAUGAACCGAGCUUAACACCUUUUGAAGAGGAGGAGCUAAUGAAGAAGUGGCAGGAAAUUCUGGGCCCAAGUAAUGAAGUUGUGGUGGCUCAGGUGGAGAAGUUUACCGAGAACAGUGGUCUGGGCAUCAGUCUAGAAGCCAACAGCGGACAUCAUUACAUCCGAUCUGUCCUUCCUGAGGGACCGGUCGGUCGCUGUGGAAAGCUGUUCAGUGGAGAUGAGCUGCUUGAGGUCAAUGGCAUUUCCUUGAUUGGUGAGAGCCACAAAGAAGUAGUGAGAAUCUUGAAGGAGCUUCCGCUCCGUGUGUACGUGACAUGCUGCAGGCCGGCCCCCGACCUUCAGACUGAGGUGGAUGCUGAGCAGAGAGAAUCAGAGGCUUUGUCCACAACAUCUAAAUUAAAGAAUCAAAUAGACCUCAGCGGUGUAGUGGUUGCUGAAGACUCAGAGGUGAACACAAUAGCGGCGACACAGGGCAACGUGAGCGAGGAGGCGAUAGGAUCCCCUUUGGCUAUGUGGGAGUUGGAGAUCCAGAAUAUCGAGCUCGAAAAAGGAGAAGGGGGAUUGGGAUUCAGCAUUUUGGAUUACCAGGACCCACUGGACCCGGCCAAAACGGUGAUUGUGAUUCGCUCUCUGGUUCCCAAUGGUGUCGCAGAGAAGGAUGGCAGGCUGUUGCCAGGAGACCGACUAAUGUACGUUAACACUACCAACCUGGAGAACGCCAGCCUGGAGGAUGCCGUCCAGGCCCUUAAGGGGGCCAAGCUCGGCAAGGUCCAGAUCGGAGUCGCCAAACCACUGCCUGGAAUAUGUGGAUAUUCCCACUCUCCACACCCAUAUGGUGAGCAGGAAAUAACUUCAUCACCCACCAUCCAAUCAUUUGACUUCAACAGUAUUUUGGUUGAAGAAGGAGAGGAAGAAGGACUGACUGAGGGCAUCCUUUACCGAGCAGAGCCUGCAUUGAUUGAUACCAGUGAUGCAGACCUGCCUGAUGAAAAGAUGUUAGAUCAUUCUUACUCCGGGAUCGAGGACGACACUUUCCAAGCUUCCAUGAUCGCUCUCCACGGUAGCACCUGUAGCACAGACCUGGAUUACCUACACUCAUCCACACCUAAGCUUACAGCCCGACUGAACUUGCUGGAGGAGCAUCCCUGCUUUGCAGACAACACUCAAGUCUUCUCUCCGGAGGAGUCGGCCUCUUACGCUCCUCCGAGUCUGACCAGCCACAUCUCGGCUUUUAAUGCCAUUCUGAGCAGCUCCGAGCAGUACCUGGGACAGCUCCCGAGCAAAGAAGAACCAGCGGACGGCACAAAUUCAUACAGCCCGUUUGCUGAAAUUGGGAGCAGAUCAAAUGUGCUGGAGGAACCUGUGGAGAGCCUUAACUAUCAGAAGGAGCCUGCUAUCUCUUUUGGAGAGAUUGGAGACAUAAGAGUUUUGAUGAAGGACGAGGAGGCUGGUGCGAAAGAAUCGGCAGAAGACGGAGACAAAGCAACGCUGACCUCAGGGAGCAAUUUUGAAAGGACUAUCACAGUCGUCAAGGGCAACUCCAGCCUGGGGAUGACAGUGAGCGCCUUGAAAGACGGUUUGGGGAUGUUGAUCCGCAGCAUAAUCCACGGAGGAUCCAUUAGCCGGGAUGGACGUCUCGGGGUUGGCGAUCUCAUCCUGGCUAUCAACGGAGAGCCCACUGCCAACCUGACCAACGCCCAGGCCCGCGCCAUGCUCAGGAGGCACUCUCUCAUUGGGCCAGAUAUGGGAUCUGCUUGUGCACCCGAGGACGAUCUGUGCCCAUUUUAUGUCAUUACAUAUGUCCCAGCUGAGUAUCUGGAGGAGUACAAGGCCAGCCUGGAGCAGCCUAAAGACGACGUCUUCACUGACGCAGCUCCAGUACCGGUGGCAGCUCCAGCGCUGAAAGAAAUUCCUAACCUCCCCGAGCGCGAAGACGGAGAAGGAGAAGAAAGCGCAUCUUAUAACAUCUGGAACCAACCGAGGAAAGUGGAGCUUUUCCGAGAGCCGGGCAAGUCCCUGGGGAUCAGUAUCGUCGGCGGCCGAGGGAUGGGCAGCCGGCUGAGCACCGGAGAGGUGAUGAGGGGCAUUUUUAUCAAGCACAUCCUGGAGGACAGUCCUGCUGGACAGAACGGGACUCUGAAGACUGGGGAUCGAAUUGUAGAGGUGGACGGAGUAAACCUAAGAGAUGCUAGUCACGAAGAGGCGGUGGAGGCCAUACGGAGAGCAGGGAACCCUGUCUCCUUCCUGGUCCAGAGUAUUAUCCAGAGGCCCAGGAAAGUGAAAAUGAUAGUUGAGGCUUUUACUUCAUCGAUAACAGACUCGAGUGAGGAGAGAGCUGCUGCAGCCGCAACAAGGGACAACAAGGACAAGGAGGGUGACAGUCACAGUAGACUUUUCCUCCGCCUCUCCCCAACUAACCCUUUCACUCCUACCCCGUUUAAGCUGGCGAAGCGUGAAGCGGCAAAGGCAUCUCCCACCAGCGCUGUCCUCCCCCUGCCAGUGGUGCCUCAUGUGGGAGAGACUGAUACAGACACGCUGACAGAGAUUCCUGGCAGUCCUGCUGAGACUGCUCAGGAGAAAAAGGAGGAGGGCGAGGAGCCGGAGGACGAGUACGGAUAUAAUUGGAAGAACAUAAUCCAGCGUUAUGGCAGCCUCCCAGGUGUCCUCCACAUGAUUGAGCUGGAGAAAGGCAAAACAGGCCUGGGCCUCAGCCUGGCAGGGAACAGGGACCGCUCACGCAUGAGCGUCUUCGUGGUGGGAAUAGACCCCAGCGGGGCGGCCGGCAGGGACGGACGUAUGGUUGUUGGGGAUGAGCUGCUGGAGAUCAACGGACAAGUUCUGUACGGCCACAGUCAUCAGAACGCAUCCUCCAUCAUCAAGAGCGCUCCAUCCAAUGUCAAAAUCAUCUUUGUCAGGAACACCGAAGCGCUCGACCAGAUGGCGGUGGGACCAGUGAGGGAGCACGAGGGAGACGCAGUGGAGCCCCACGCUGAGCCAGAAGAAGCUGCUGCUAAUGGCGACGCCGAUACUUCGAACUGCGUUCAUCACAUCGUAAAUCUGAAGGAGGACGGAGGACUCGGCAUCACUUUUGUUGAGGGCGACACAGAGGCUGGGGUUGAAAUUGAGAGUAUAUCUGAAGUGCAGGGACACACCGGCAAAGAGGGGUGCAUGAAACCUGGGGACAAGCUCUUAGCUGUGAAUGGCGAGUCUGUGCUCGGAUACACUGUUGAAAAGGUCUCGUCACUGCUGAGAAAAGCCAAAGGUCCAGUGAAGCUAACCUUUGCUACAAAGGAGAUCCCCUCUGCUUUCUCCUGUGUCCAGUCAAUCUGCCAGGACACAAGCUUUUCAGAUGGAGUCCUCGCUAGCGUACCCAGCAUGCCUAGCAUCUCCCCGUCUACCCCAAGUCAGCCAGAGGCAGAAGCAGCCACCAGUCUUAGUCGCUCAUCCACCCCUUCCGCUCUGGCCUCUGACCCGACGACCUGCCCCAUCAUCCCCGGCUGUGAAACUACCAUCGACAUCUCCAAGGGCCGCACAGGCCUGGGCCUCAGCAUCGUGGGAGGCUGUGACACUCUGCUGGGGGCCAUCAUUAUCCACGAAGUUUAUGAAGAAGGGGCGGCCUCCAAAGAUGGGAGGUUAUGGGCAGGAGACCAAAUCUUAGAGGUGAACGGCAUCGACCUGCGAGCGGCCAGUCACGACGAAGCCAUCAACGUGCUGCGGCAGACGCCGCAGAGGGUCCGGCUGACGGUCUACAGGGACGAGGCCCAGUACAAGGAGGAAGACCUAUGGGACUCCUUCACCGUGGAGCUGCACAAGAAUCCUGGCCAGGGCCUGGGACUGAGCAUUGUCGGGAGGAGAUCGCGGGAUCAGAGGAACGACACAGGGGUGUUUGUGUCCGACAUCGUGAAAGGAGGUUUGGUGGACGCUGACGGUCAACUGAUGCAGGGCGACCAGAUACUGUCGGUCAACGGUGAGGACGUCCGGUCAGCCACUCAGGAGGCCGUGGCUGCGCUGCUGAAGUGCUGUGUAGGAUCUAUCACAAUGGAAGUGGGGAGGUUUAAGGCGGGCCCCUUCCACUCGGAAAGAAGGCUGUCUCAAAGCAGCCAGAUGAGUGAGACAGGAAGCGCCAAGGUGGUCUCUCAGCCAUGUUCAGAUCCUGGCACCCUUCCUGGUGACCCUGACAAGCUUAGUACAAGCCAAGAAUACCCGGAGCAUCAGGAAGUCAGAACAGUGGAGUUCACUAAAGGCCCCGCUGAUUCUCUGGGCGUCAGCAUAGCGGGCGGAGUGGGCAGCCCUCUGGGCGACAUCCCCAUCUUCAUCGCCAUGAUGAAUCCCGUCGGACUGGCUGCUCAGACCCAGAAUCUCAAGAUCGGGGACCGAAUCGUCAGCAUAUGCGGAACCUCUGCUGAAGGCAUGAGCCACUCUCAGGCCGUCGCCCUGCUCAAGAACGCGACGGGAACGAUACAGCUGCAGGUGGUUGCAGGUGGCGACACCACCGUGACGGGCCCCCCUCAGGAGCAGGUCGGUGGGGCUCUCACGCCCACCUGCAUCUUCCAGGACGACCUUGGCCCUCCUCAGUAUAAGACCAUCACUCUUGAUAGAGGACCAGACGGGCUGGGUUUCAGUAUAGUCGGAGGGUACGGCAGCCCCCACGGAGACCUGCCCAUAUAUGUGAAAACUGUCUUUGGAAAGGGCGCAGCAGCAGAGGACGGGCGCCUGAAGCGAGGAGACCAGAUCAUGGCCGUUAACGGGCAGACUCUGGAGGGGGUUUCCCACGAAGAGGCCGUCAGCAUCCUGAAGAGGACCAAAGGAACCGUCACGCUCACCGUGCUGUCAUAGACCGCCCCCACCUCCAAA